AUGCCGAGCUCCUGGGCGCUGGUGCUGGCGGUGCUGGGGGGGGCCUGCGCCCUCCCCGCCCCGGCCCCCCUCGCCUACACCCAGGCGCUGGCUCAGGCCGUCGACUCCUACAACCAGCGCCCCGAGGUGCAGAACGUCUUCAGGCUGCUCAGCGCCGACCCCGAGCCCACCCCGGGCGUUGAGCUGAGCACGCUGCGGGGACUCAACUUCAGCAUGAUGGAGACGGAGUGCACCCCCAGCGCCCGCGUGAACCCCGACGACUGCGACUUCAAGGAGAACGGGGUCAUCAAGGAGUGCUCGGGGCCGGUGCAGUUCCUGCAGACCUCCCCCGAGAUCGACCUGCGCUGCACCGACGCCUCCUCCGACCCGGUUCUCGUGCAGCGCGGCCGGUUCGGGCGCUUCCUGAGCAGGAUCCGGCACUUUCGGCCCAGGAUCAGCUUCAACGUCCAUGCCCGGGGCUCCAUCCGCCUGGGCUGAGCCAAUAAAGGGGCCCUUGGCGGCCGCUGUGCCUGA